AUGGCGGAUUGCAAGGUCUCAUCUGGGACCGUAGCAUGUCUGGCGCUCAUCAAAGGCAACCGGAUGUGGAUUGCUGACUUAGGAGAUUGCCGGGCCGUUUUGAUCACUGAGGGCAACAAGCCCAACCCGAUCUCAAAGGAACACUCGCCAUCCAAGAAUGAGGCCGAAGCCGAACGGCUUCGAAAGUUGGGUGUGCAAGUGCAAGGAGGAUAUGUCGGAGAACAUGUUGCAGUCUCGAGGGCAUUUGGCAAUGUGGACUACGAGCGUGGCAGCAAAGUAGCUGGCAUUGUUAGUGAUCCUGACGUGUAUCAGAUUGAGGUUGAUGAGAGCGCAGACUUCCUCCUCCUGGAUUCGGAUGGAAUUUGGGAUGCGCUCAAGGACCAAUUUGUGAUGACCCACGCUCGCAAGGCACUUCGCACCAAUGAGAAGCCACAGGAUGCAGCUGCAGCAGUUACUGAAAACGCUGCCAAUGUCAGCCGAGCAGACAACGCUGCUGCCAUUGUUGUGGUAGUCAAGUUUCCAGAGCCGCUCCCAACUAUUGAGCGGCUGGGCAUUUGCGGUGCCACGUUUUGCGAUGGGCCGAGGGCCAAGGAGAUGGGCCGAAGUGAGGCCAAAGAUGCCGUUUGGCAGUUCUUCGUGGAGAGCGUGCGUGACAACUUGCACAUUGUCUUGACAAUGUCACCGGUGGGAUCUGCAUUGCGGGUGAGGAUGCGGAUGUUCCCGGCCCUCGUGAAUUGCUGUACCAUCGACUGGUUUCUUCCUUGGCCAGAUGAGGCAUUGCUAGGUGUCUCCGCCCGACAGUUAUCUGGAAUGCAGGGCAUCAGUGAAGAGUUGAAGGAGUCUGUGUCAAAGGCAUGCUGCUUUGUGCACCAAGAAGUUAUUCGAACUUCUGCUGUUUUCGAAGAGCGGCUCAGGCGCAAGGUGUAUGUCACGCCGAAGUCAUACUUGGACCUCAUCAGUCUGUACCUGGAGAUGAUCCAAGAGAAGAAGGAGGAGAAAGACGUCUCCUUGAAGCGUCUGCAGACCGGCGUUGACAAGAUUGACGAGGCGAACGAAUUCGUGAACAAUCUCCAAGAAGAGCUAACAAAGCUGGCUCCUGUCAUCUCGGAGAAGAUCAAGGAGGCAGAUGAGCUGGUGCCAGUUGUCACGGAGGAGCAGAAGAAGGCUGAAGUCAUCAAGGAGAAAGUUUCCAGCGAGGAGGUUGUCGUGAGGAAGCAGGCAGACGAAGUGAAGGCCAUUGCAGAUGAUGCCCAAAGAGAUUUGGACAUUGCGAUGCCUGCCCUUGAAAGUGCGCUGAAGUCUUUGGAUGCCUUGGACAAGAAGGAUAUUCAGGAGAUCAAAUCCUUUGCCAAGCCUCCGCCACUGGUGAUGCUGACAAUGGAGGCGGUCAAUGUGCUUUUGCAAGAGAAGCCAGACUGGGACACGGCCAAGAAGGUCCUGAACCGCCCGACUUUCCUGCAAGACUUGAAAGGCUUUGACAAGGACAACAUUCCAGAGAAAGUCCUGAAGCAAUUGACCAAGUAUGUCACGAAGCCAGAGUACACGGUGGAGGCUGUUGGCAACCAGAGCAAGGCCGCCAAGAGCUUGUGCAUGUGGACCUAUGCCAUGGACACCUACUCCAAGGUGGCUAAGGAGGUAGAGCCAAAGAAGCAGAAGGUCGCGGAGCUGAACGACAAGUUGGCCAAAGCUAAUGCUGAGCUCAAGGCCAAGCAGGACAAUUUGCACGAGGUGGAGUCGCAAGUGGCAGCUUUGCAGAAGAAGCUCAACGACACGGUAUCCGAGAAGGACCGCCUGGUGGCAGAGGCGCAGCUCACCAAGGACAGAUUGGCAAGAGCGGACAUCCUCACGGUUGGCUUGAAGGAUGAGGGCAUUCGUUGGCGGGAAACUGUGGCCAGCAUCCGCCAAGACAUCGUCAACCUGACCGGAGAUGUCUUCCUGUCCUCUGCCUCGAUCUCUUACUACGGGCCUUUCACUGGAACGUACCGCGCAGAAAUCGUUGAUGCCUGGCUGACGGAGCUGAAAAGGCUUCAGAUCCCGAGCGGUGACACUUUCGACCUGCGCGAGGUGAUGGGGAAUCCGGUCGAGAUCCGCGAAUGGAAUCUUCAGGGGUUGCCUGCAGACGCCGUGUCCAUCAACAAUGGCGUAAUGGUCUCGCGUGGCAAGCGCUGGCCUCUCAUGAUCGACCCCCAGUCUCAGGGCAACAAAUGGAUCAAGAAGAAGGAGGGCAAGGAGCUGAAGACCAUCAAGAUGACGAAUCCGAAGAUGCUGCUAAUUCUGGAAGGCUGCAUCCGCACUGGCGCACCAAUGCUUAUGGAGGACAUUGAAGAGACCCUGGAUCCGGCCUUGGAGCCUGUGCUACUAAAGGCAGUCUACGAGGACAACAACCGUCUGCAGAUAAAGCUUGGCGACAGCGAGGUGGACUACGACAAGGACUUCCUGUUCUACAUGACUACGAAGAUGCCAAACCCCCACUACUUCCCUGAGGUAUGCAUCAAGGUCACCGUGAUCAACUUCACUGUGACCUUUGAUGGCCUGGAGGAACAACUUCUGAACGAGGUGGUCUCAAAGGAAAUCCCCGAGACGCUGCAGAGAAGGGUGGAGUUGAUGCUGCAGCUGGCAGAUGACAAGAAGGUCCUCAAGCAGCUUGAGGAUAAGAUCCUGAAGCUUCUGUCCGAGUCGAGCGGCAACAUCUUGGAUGACCAGGUGCUGAUUAGCACCCUCGGGGAGUCCAAAGAGACCUCCACGGCUGUCAACGAGCGAGUGAAAGCCGCAGAGGAAGCUGCGGUGGAGAUUGAUGCCGCAUGCAAGCAGUACACAGAGGUGGCAACACGUGGAAGUAUCCUCUACUUCGUGAUCGCGGACUUGGCGAACAUCAAUCCCAUGUAUCAAUUCAGCCUGUUCUACUUUGUGCGGCUCUUCAAGAACUGCAUGGACAAGGCUGCCAAGAGUGAUGAUAUCGACAUUCGCAUGACCAACUUGGCCAACCAGAUCUUGAAUGGGGUAUUCCAAAAUGUCUGCAGAGGCCUCUUCGAGGACAACAAGCUUACAUGCUCCUUCCUCAUUGCAACCGCCUUGCAGCGGCAUGCGGGCGAGAUUACGCAUCCAGAGUGGUCCUUGCUGCUGAGGGGCCUUGGUCUGCUAGACAUGACGCAAAAGCCAGCGAAUCCGGAUCCAGACUUCUUCACAGACAAGAUGUGGGACUAUAUGUACGCCAUCCAGCAGUACUCCCCGGAACGCUGUCCAGACCUCUGCCAGCACAUGACAGACAAUCUGGAAGCAUGGAAGGAAUGGGUCCGUCAUGAUACCCCUCAUUUGCUGAAGCUCCCGGCAGAUUAUGACGAGCUGAACCAGCUGCAUUACUUCCACUACCUCCUGCUCCUCAAGGGCCUGGCGCAAGAGAAGCUGCUGGUGGCCAUUCAAGAGCACACCCGGAGGUGCCUGGGAGAGAACUUUAUCAUCUUCCCCACGGCCACAGUGGCAGAGCUUUAUGCAGACUCCACGCGCAGCACGCCCAUCGUCUUCGUGCUGUCUACCGGCGCAGACCCUACAUCCAUGUUGCUGCGCUUCGCCCAGGAGUUGGACAUGGCCUCAACGAUGGGCGUGAUUUCGCUUGGCCAGGGGCAGGGCCCGAAGGCCAUCAAGAUGGUCGAUGAGGCUUGCAAGAAGGGCACCUGGGUGCUGCUCCAGAAUUGCCAUCUGUACAAGACCUUCAUGCCUCAGCUGGAGAAGAUGUGCGAGACGCUGGAGGAGUCGAACAUGAUCCACAAAGACUUCCGGCUGUUCCUGACCAGCAUGCCUGCGGCCUACUUCCCGGUUCCAGUUCUGCAGAACGGCAUCAAGCUCACUACCGAACCGCCCAAGGGCCUCCGUGCCAACGUCAUGCGAUCAUUCCUGCCAAUGACGGACGAGCAGCUCAGCGACUCGUCGAAAGACAAGGAGUGGCGAAAGCUUCAGUUCGGUCUCAAGUUCUUCCAUGCCGUGAUUCAGGAGAGGCGCAAGUUUGGACCCUUGGGUUGGAACAUUCGCUACGAGUUCAAUGACUCGGACCUGGAAACGUCUACCACAAUCACCCACAACAUGCUGGAGCUGGAUGGACCCAUCCCUUGGGACACGCUCCUCUUUGUCAUUGGUCACAUCAACUAUGGUGGCCGUGUCACGGAUGACAAUGACAGGAAGUGUCUUCUGGCCAUCCUGGAAAAGUACGUGACGCCGAAGAUCCUGGAGCCAGGGUACACGUUCUCCGAAAGUGGCACCUACAGGUGUGCAGACAAUUCGGACACGGCAGACAUCGAGUCGUGGCGGAAGUUUGUGGCAGGCUUUCCGUUGUCCGAGCAGCCGGAGGUCUUCGGCAUGCACGACAACGCCAACAUCAGCUUCAUGAGCCAGGAAUCUGAGAAGGUCCUCAACAGCGUUCUGUCGAUUCAACCUCGAGAGGCUGGUGGCGGUGGAGGCAAGAGCUCCGAAGAGAUCGUCCUCGAAAUCUCUGCAGAGCAGGAGUCGCGUCUCCCCGAGCGGCUACACACGGAGAAUGCGCAUGCCGAUAGUUUCGCCAUGAGCGAGGAGACUGGUUUGAUGACCUCGCUUGGGACAUGCCUCAGCCAGGAGAUGGCCCGUUUCAACCGCCUCUUGCAGCAGAUGACAACAACUCUCAAGCAGCUGCAGAAGGCUGUUAAAGGUAUCAUCGUCAUGACAGGAGAGCUGGAUGACAUGUUCAACUCGCUUCUGAACAAUGGCGUGCCGAACAUCUGGACAAAAGAUGGUAUCGGCUACCCAUGCCUGAAGCCCCUGAACUCCUGGUUCGAGGACAUGAUCCUCCGCUUUGACUUCUUCCGGGACUGGAUUGAGGGUGGUAUUCCCAUCGCCUACUGGAUCUCCUCCUUCUACUUCCCUCAGGGCUUCCUGACCUCCGUCCUCCAGGGCUACUCGCGAAAGGAGCUGAUCCCCGUUGACCAGCUCUCCUUUGAGUUCGUGAUGCAGGACACCUCGGAUCCUCAUGAAUUGGACGGAGCUCCGGCAGAAGGAAUUUACAUCCAUGGCCUCUUCAUGGAUGGUGCAGCCUGGAGCUUUGAAGACAUGGUGAUCGACGACCAAGAAUUUGGCACCAUGUUUGUGAAGUCGCCAGUCAUCAACUUCAUUCCGUGGAAGGACAAGAAGGCAAACAAUGAGAAGUACCGGUGUCCUAUCUACAAGACCUCCAUUAGGGCAGGGACCUUGUCGACCACCGGCCACUCCACAAACUUCGUGCUGGCCAUCGAGGUGGAGACCUUGAACGAUCCCUCUUACUGGACGCUCAAAGGGGCGGCCAUGCUAACCAUGCUCAACGAUUGA